AUGGCGGAACCAGAUGAUCCAUUUUACCAACUUGGUCCUGUUAGAGAUUACUUAAUGUUCGUAGCCGAACCACUUAGAAUUAUGACUUUAGGUCAGAGGCGGCGAAGAUUGAAAAAGCUUGUCGAUGAGUUGUCUAAGUUUGGCUACCUCAAUGUAUCAAAUCGUGCCUACAACAGCCUCCCCCUUAGCUUAUCUGUGAAGGAAUUAGAGCAUGAUCAUGGAAGAUCAGCUUUGGAUACUUUGAAAAGGGACUUCUACAUAAAUUUAGAGGACCUCUGUUACCAGGCGGAGUUAUAUCCUUGCAUACUGGAAUUCUUGACUGCUCAGUUCCCAGAACGUCAACAGAACCAAGUGGAAAAUCUUACUGCAGUGAUAGUAGACAUCUUUCAAAUACGCAAUGUGGAAAUCAAUCCAGACUGGCAGGCGUAUGGACCGUGCAACAAUUUUAAAGAUAUUGUGGCAUUGUUUGUAGAUGCACAUAGUCCCCGUCGAAUGCACCGUGAGUUAGAGCAACUGUUCCGACGGCCGUACAAUGAUCCCUCUAGCACUCAGCACUUAUUCAACCAUAUUAAAGAUACAGUUCAAGGAAUAUCAUAUGGAUCCCCUCGCAUAUAUUCGCCUUGUAUUCCCAUCAUUCAAAGCAGCAUGUACGGUAAGUCUAGAUUGAUCAAGGAUCUAGCUUCUCACCACGUUUACUUGAGCUACAUGUGCUUGCGAGAGAACUCCAGUCUUGGCUACCCUAGAGCUCGUUUUUCUCGAAGUAUUGGCAGGGGCAAUACAUCGGGAUAUUUGGCAUCUAAAAACGAUUCCACCUUCGCUCGAGAUGUUUUGCUCUUCCUUAUUUGCACUCUUGAGGCGAUCGUCGAAGGACUCCAGCACACUACUGACAAGUAUGCACCAGUGGAGGAAUUCUGGACUUUCCAAGAGAAAUCAUCAUUCUUCGAGAAAACUGUAGAAAAGAGCUUUGAAGACAAGAAAGAUUCGGAAAAUGAUAUAUGGAAAGCCCUCUCAUCACCAGGUGCAGUUUCUAGUAAGGAUGAUAGAUUGGUACUAUCUGAAGAAGUGAAAAAGAAACUACAAAGCGAAUGGAUCAAAUACUGCUUAGCCCUAUGGAUGGAGGACAAAGAUAAAGAAGUAUACUUUGUGCUCGCAAUCGAUGAAGCUAGUCCACUAGGUAUCCAAAAUAAGCCGCAAGGAAUGAGUAAGCCAUAUUACCAGAUUCUAAGAAGCGUGGCACGCUGCCUUGUGUUUGAGAAACUAUGGGGUGGUUUUGCCAUUGUUAUUGCCGAUACGUCAGGACGUAUUAGUGAUUUCUCUCCACCGCAUGAAAAUGACCGUUUUCUGAAAAAGUUCCGUGCAAUCGCUGCAGAACCUUGGUACCGCAUACCCUACGAUGUGAACGUGCGAUGGAGUGACCCACCACUUACAUUAGACUUUAGCCAGAUUGGAACCUUGAGAUUCUAUGCCAAAUUUGGUAGACCCAUGUGGAAGCUGUACUUUGACACUGGGAAUGAGGACGAACUUCUGACAGAUGCCACGGCUAAGCUGAGGGGUCGUGACUAUGACAGGCUAUCAAAGUAUCAUGUCCUUUUUGUCAUAUACGCACCGUCAAUGGAUAGCGAUUAUCGUACAGCAGAAAGCUUUCUACAAUCGCGAAUGGCCACACUUUUGUGGAUGUCUGAUCAACAUGAUGUUCUCAAGGUAGGAUAUCCUAGUGAGCCAAUUCUGGUCAUGGCAGCCCAUAAAAUCUUGGAAGGCGAAAAUGAUCUUGAUCUUAUUUCACACCUGCUUAGAGAAAAGUCUCUCUCCCCUGGGACUACUGGUGAAUUUGUAGCUAGAUGGAUGUUGCUUGAUGUUCUGAAAACUGUAGGUUUGCGCGAUGGCAUACAGAGCAAUUAUUGUCGUGUUCGUGAUCUUUUCGAUGGCCUAAGAUCAAAGUAUGAACUCACCUGUCGCUCUGGCAAUACAAAUGAACAUCAGUUACUUAAUGAGAGAAUACAUCUCAACCACUGGGUGAGUGAUAGGAGAAUCUGUACUGUUCCUAUGUUGGCGUACGGAUUCUUGAGAGGAUAUGGAUUUUGCUUCAGCUUUAACCAGGAAGGUUUUGAUCUUGUCAUCCCCAUAUAUUUAGAAAGCAAGCAGGUUGACCUUACGAACAUCAGAUUCUUCGAUGGGUACGAGAAUAUGUCAUGGGAGCGAGAAGAUGUCUAUUUAGCCGAUGAAGCAUUUAGUGUUAUCCUCAUUCAAGUCCGUAACAACCAAAAUUCGCGUGACAAUCACUACGUUGGCAUACAUGAAAAGAUGGGCAGCCAAAUCAAGCACAUGUUGGCCCGAGCCAAGCCAUAUAUAACCUUAUAUAUGCAACUUGGUGAGGGCCGACCUAUUGGUUUCGGAGAGCGACCACGGAGUAUAAAUCGGGCAAAUGUCGCUGCAAAUCAAGAACAUGGGGGUAAUAUCCGUUUGCAAGAAGGGGGUGAAGUAGUCGAUCAAGGUGCUCCUCUGGCCUAUGACCUUCGUGUAACAUACAACGAAAACAACAACAACCAAUUCAUAGAUCAAUUACGGCGAGUCAUUCAUUUGCCAAAUGUGAAUGGUCUGGGCGAUAAUUUCGAGAAGACCCACUUGGAUAGCAUUUCUUCUAAUGCUUAUGAUAGUUUCAGAUCAGCGGUUAGAGAAGGGCCACCACAGCAAAUUCAAAGAGAGGCUGGCGAAGAGGAUCAUGUAGAGCCAGAAUCUUCAGGUUUAGAGAAUGAAAAUACUAUUCGAAGUCGAUUACGCCCCCGGCCAGCGAGCCGCGCUAAAUAUACUAAGUAA